CGAUUGGCUGUCGCGGGAAAUGGGCGUGUCCUGGGGUCACGUGCUGAGGAAGCGGCGCUCCCAGGGCCGGCCCCGGCCCCAGCAGCGGACUGUGCGGUCCCGGCGCGGGGCCCGGCCCGGGGGCUCCGGGCAGCAGGGCAGCGUGUCCCCUCGGCCGUGGGGCCGGCAGGGAGGGUCUGACCCCUGUGUGCAGCAUGCAGGAGACGGAGCGCGAGGCUGCGGGGCAGGGACCGGAGGGGGGCCCGGCCCUGCCCGACGCCCAGAUGGAGUCGCUCGCCCCCCCCAAGUCCCCGGCCUUCGACCUCUUCAGCCUGGUCCUGUCCUCCAAGCGGCUGGAGAUGUACCUGGAGCCCCUGCAGGACGCCUGGGAGGGGGUCCGCUUCCUGCUAAGGUGGCAGAUGCCCCUGUGCUCGCUGCUCACCUGCCUGGGCCUCAACUUCCUGCUGCUCACGCUGACUGAAGCUGCCUGGUUCUCGCUGUGCGCCCUGCUGGUCCUGCUACCCGCCCUGCUGGGCUACCUGCGGGAGACAUGCCGGGUCCGCCGGCCGGAGUCGGAGCUGGUGCGCCAGAGGUACCACAGCGUGCGGCGUGAGGAUGUGCAGCAGGUGCGGCUGGCGCGGCACGAAGCCGUCGCUGAGGUGAAGAGAUUCCUGAUCCACCUGGAGGGCUUCCUGAGUUGGCUGUGCUGUGCCUGCGAGGGGGCGUACCGCGUGCUGCACUGGGAGACCCCCGCCUUGUCGUCCCAGUUCUAUGGGGCGCUGCUGGGCUCCCUCUGUGUCCUGUACCUGCUGCCCCUCUGCUGGGUCCUCGCCCUGCUCAACAGCACCCUCUUCCUGGGGAACGCCGAGUUCUACCGAGUGCUGCUGGAGCUCAAGGCUACGGUGGAGCAGCGCCUUGGCCCCAAGCCCGUCGCCAGUGCCCCGGAGCCGGCGGAGCCCGACGCGGGAGGAGAGGGGGGUGGCACCCUGGUGGAUCGGACCCCCACGCCCACCAGCACUGAGGACCUCACACCCGGCAGCGUGGAGGAGGCGGAGGAGGCGGAGCCCGACGAGGAGUUUAAAGACGCUAUCGAGGAGGACGAUGACGUCUCCCAGUGCUCCGCCGAGUUCGACAUCGGCCUCCCGGACAGCAGCGUCAUGAGCAAGAACGAGGUGAUCCGCAGCAAGGUGUCGCGGCUGACAGAGCGUCUGCGCAAGCGCUACCCCAGCAACAACUUCGGGAGCUGCACCGGCUGCGCAGCCACCUUCUCCGUGCUCAAGAAGAGGCGGAGCUGCAGUAACUGCGGAAACAGCUUCUGCUCCCGCUGCUGCUCCUACAAAGUCCCCAAGUCCUCCAUGGGAGCCACAGCCCCAGAUGCCCAGAGGGAGACGGUGUUCGUCUGCGCGUCGUGUAACCAGGCUCUUGUCAAGUGAGCGGAGACCCCGCUGGGGGCAUCUCUGGGUGCCCGGCCCGGCCGCUGGGGGCAGGAGAGCGCCGGGAUCCUGCGUUGCUGAGCCCCCCGCCUGCCCUGGCGCUGCCCGCCCCAUGGCACUGGGUGGCUGUGGGGGCCCCACUGCUCUGUUCCCUGGAGCGGGGCUGCGGGGUCCUGGCUGGCAGGGGGCUGGUGGGGAGAUGUUAACCCCUUGCUGCCUGGAGCGGGGCUGCAGGGGCCUGAGGCCGGCCACCCCUCCUCUCUGCUCUGGGGCUGGGAGGUGUGGCCGUGCCCCAGGAACCUCGGCAGGUCUGUCACUGGUUUGCAAAGCCACAUGGGUAACCAUAUGCACAUUGCCCUGUGCUAGCUAAGUGCCCCCCAGCCUGCCCCUGGGCUCUGAGCAGACCCCUCCUUGACCCCCAGGGCUGGGUCUCCUCCCUGCCUGCAGGCAGAUGGGAGCAGGCAGGGGCCCCGGAGCCAGGCUGGUUUCAGCUGGGCAUGGCAGAGUGCAGUGGGGGGCCUGGCGUGGGGCAGCUCUCAGCUCAGACGCUGGGCUGCUGGCUCUGCCCCUAGUAGUGGGUGCUGGUUCCACUCCCCUGACCUGGGGAUACAGUCCCCCCUCUGCCCUGCCCCACAGAAUCCGGCCAAAGGAUUCACCCCCACGGCCCUGGGGGGUCUCCUCUCUCAGCAAGGGGGGUUGGGCGCCUCUGCUGCCCUGGUUGGGGUCUGGAAGCACUGCAGGGGCAGGGCCAGACUCUGCACCCCGCAUUCUGCGCUAACCCCUGUGUACGCGGGAGUUACUGGGGGUGUAGCAUCGCUGGAGCAGACUCCUGUGUCCCCCUGGCAGGGAUCUCGGGGGCCCUGCAGUCCCCCUGGGGAGAGCUGGGGCCUGCUCUUCUGCGCGGUGUGGUCCUGGAGCCUGUGGGGUGCUGGCAACAGGCUACAGCCUGGCCUCAGGGCCUUGGGGGUGGGAUGGGCCUGGCUCUAACCAUCAGCCCCUUGCAGUCUUACCUUAACCAGGGUUAAAGCAGCUGUGGGAGCUGCUCCAUGGAGACCUCCGCCUGCUUCGUCCCCUGGCAAACGUGCACCUGCCCAGGCUGGCAGCCCAUGGGCCCUUCCCCUUUGCGCCCAACUCCCGCGUGCCAAGCGUAGCUGGAGCGAGAUGAGAACUGGUGGGGAGGGGGGGUCUAGGCUGGGGUGGUUGCUGGUGCUGCUCUGGUCCCAGCCCAAGGGGGGGGCAUGCCCGGGGGGGUCCCCCUCUCUGCCCUGAGCUGCACAGGAAGGCUCUCAGGGGCAGGGUGACCAUGCCUGGGUCCCAGGAGACCUGGGG